CUUAUGCCUCUUUGUGUGAACCCUAAACCCUAAGAGAAAGAGUAUAGGGAAGUAGAAAAGAAAAUGGUGACAAGGGUUGAGAAAGGGGGAAAAUCCUUUGGUUUGGGGUGUGAUCCUGUUGUGGGAUCAUUGAUUCCUGCAAAAAAGAAGGAUUACAAAGUCACCAAUCGCCUCCAAGAGGGGAAACGCCCUUUGUACGCCAUCGUUUUCAAUACCAUCGACUUUCGUUAUCGCGACAUUUUUGCUACAGUUGGGGGCAACAAGGUUACUGUUUAUCAAUGCCUUGAUGAAGGGGAUAUUGCUGUUUUGCAAUCUUAUGCGGAUGAGGAUAAGAAUGAGUCUUUUUACACCGUGGGUUGGGCAUGCAAUGUUGACGGGACCCCACUUGUUGUGGCUGGAGGACUCAAUGGGGUAAUCCGAGUCAUUGAUGCUGGCAGUGAGAAGAUACAUAAGAGUUUUGUUGGCCAUGGAGACUCCAUAAAUGAAGUCAAAGCUCAAAUAUUAAAUCCAUCACUCGUGGUAUCGGCAAGCAAAGAUGAAUCUAUUCGGUUAUGGAAUGCUCAUACUGGAAUAUGCAUUUUGAUAUUUGCUGGAGGCGGGGGACAUCGUAAUGAAGUCUUAAGUGUUGAUUUUCAUCCAUCGGAUAUGUAUCGUAUUUGUAGUUGUGGCAUGGAUAGUACUGUAAAAAUAUGGUCUAUGAAGGAGUUCUGGACAUAUGUAGAAAAAUCAUCCACAUGGACAGAUCUUCCUUCCAAGUUUCCAACAAAAUUUGUCCAGUUUCCUGUUUACACUGCUUCAGUGCAUAUAAAUUAUGUUGACUGUAAUAGGUGGUUGGGUGAUUUUAUCCUCUCAAAGAGUGUUGAUAAUGAAAUUAUCUUGUGGGAACCUAAAGUGAACGAACAAACUCCAGGGAAGGGUGUAGUUGAUGUUCUUCAUAAAUACCCUAUUCCCGAUUGCAAUAUCUGGUUCAUCAAGUUUUCUUGUGACUUCCAUUUCAACAUAGUUACAGUGGGUAACAGGGAAGGGAAGAUUUUUGUUUGGGAAUUACAGUCAAGUCCUCCCGUACUUGCUGCAAAGUUGUCACAUCCUCAAUCAAAAUCCCCAAUCAGGCAGACUGCAACAUCCUUUGAUGGAAGUACUAUAUUGAGUUGCUGUGAGGAUGGGACAAUAUGGCGUUGGGAUGUUUCAAAACCCUCAACCUCAACCUCAACCGCAGCCUAACUUAUCUUCGUGCAACACCAAUCUGAUGUGCAUGUCAAACACAAGGGCAUUUGUGAUUUAUCAAUUUAACCAGUCAUGUACAUCAGGAACUUGAUUUAUUGCAUGUUUUUGUAUUUGUUUAUUUUGGUUCGGUAAGGCUUAUAAUGUAAAAUGUUCAACUAAGAACUCAGUUAAAAGUUAUUUAAAUAAAGUAAAGCCAAACCUUGAUUCAUGCA